CCCUACAGCAGUUGAGGCUGUAGGUAUUUUUGUAGUUUUCAGGGGUGGUGAUAGUAACCGAUGUUCCUGGGCGUAGGCGUGGUCCGGAAUUGCUCAAAAUCUUUCGGAAAUGGUCCGGGGGAAAGGUUCCUGGAAAUUGUAAAUUUAGAGGUUUCAAAGGUUUAUUUAAUCGAUUUUAGUUUACUAAUAUGUAAAAAUUACAUAUAAUUUAUUUUUCUAUUCGACGAAUUGUUUUUUUUUUCUCUCUGACGAGGAGACUCCAGCGCUCCUUGAUGGGGUAUCCUCACACCACGACUCCCCACUGGCGCCACCCAUGGUAGUUUUUAAAAGCAAGCACCAUCAUUUCCCCUCUUUGAAUCUACCUCUAAGUAACAUGCAUGUUCCAAAAGAUCAUUGGUGUAUUUAGGAGUAUUUAUGUGAGAGGGUGCAAUGGGCAUUUAAGGGAGGGUGUUGGCUGAAGGAAUGAAUCACAAUAUAACCCUUUUUUUCUAAUUUUCAGACCUUGUAAGUACGAAAUUUUUUGAUUGAUUACCAUCCAAUUUAUGGGUAUUUGCAGAAAAAUAUAGAAACAGUAUACUUUAUAUGUAUUUAAGGUUGCGAAAAAAGCUAAUUAUAAAGUAUUGAUUUUAUUAGUUUUUAGCUCAUUGGUUAUGGUAUAUGUAUAUUUAGUAGAUAUCUUAAUUUUUACUAUUGAUAUAUUUUGUUUCCUUCAAAAAUUGCCUUCAGUCCUAUGUCUUCAGGCAUUUUUUUUUUAAUGAAAUAAUGGUUCCUAUAAUUGCUUAAUAUAUUUUACUGAGUGGGAGUGCUUUUCUCCUGACAUAGGAGAAAUUUAUUUAGUUAGGGACCAGCCCUUCCCAUCCUACUGUUUUUGGGGGGUUUUCUUGUGUUUUUGCAUUUUUUUUAUGAGAAUAAGCUUAAACUGCAGUAUAUCUAUUAGAUCUCACUAAUAUAAAUGUAUAUUUACCUCUGUUUUGUUUUCAUGAUACACUACCAGCAAACUAUUGAAAUAUAUUUUACAUAAUUUUGCUGCUGUUAUCAGUUAAUAAUAUUAUUACUCCCAACAACUAAUUUACAAAACCAUGUGACAUUUCCUAUUACCACCCCUGGUGGUCACAGUCUUCAAGUUUCAGUCAAGGCAGGUGUGUUUCCCAUCAUGUUUUUAACACCUUUGCUUUCAAUUCCUCUCCCCAAAACAUGUGCUGGUUUAUUUUUCUCCAUCAUAUCUAUUUCACUAUUAAGUAACUUUAGAAACUGUUUUAGGUUUAAUAUUUCAAUUUUGUGGAAAUCAUAAACCUAAGAAGCAAUCCUUAAAAUACAAACACCAGAAAGGUGAGACCACCAGAGACUAUUGCCCAGUUUACAUGGGCUGCUCUGAUCGGGACAUUGUUUGAGAUCUCAAUCACAACCAGUAGACUAAGUUUAAAAGUAUUCCACUACAGUCAAUAAGAUAUACUAAAUAUGGGCAUCUGUUUUUGUAAAGGAAUUAGUGUGCAUCUUCUUUUAUAGUCUUGCCGUUUUAUCUUUCCUCAUCUUCAGGUCACCAUAUAUGUAAUGUAAAGUAAUGUGGUUGGAUUUAUAGCACUUUAUACCAAAGUCUCAAAGUGCUCGAAGUGUGGACUAACUCGCACAGUUACUUUCUUCUCCCCUAAGGGUCUCUUCAUGUCUGGGCUACCCAGAACCAGCUACCUCUCGUCUGUCCACAACACGGGCUCUAUGAACCAGUACACUGGGAUAACCCCCUACUCGUCUCGAAAGAUAUACUGGGUUCUUUAUAGCGCACACAAGCCAUUGUGUACACGUGGCCUACGGUUUUAAUAGUCUUUAUCCGAGAAGACUUGUUCCACCUCCAGAACCAUAGGCAAGCGUGCCAUUCGAACCAGUGCCGAUAUUGCAGCUGUAGGUUGCAGCGCCCUGCCUUAACCACUCGGCCAUCCAACUCGCCAUAUGACGGUUGCCAAGACACUUUAUUUUUGUUGACACAGAGCAAUCAUAUUCUCUACAGAAGAAGGGACCAAGUAAUGUUGAAUGCAAGGAUACUCCUGAAAAUUUGUCCGACACUCAUCUCAAUAAGUGAGCAUGCAUAAAAACAUUUGAGAUUUGCAUGCUCUAAUUUUAGAAUCGCUAUGUCAACUUUUAAACAACCAUGUCGAUUGAGAUCGUGUUGCAAUCAUCUUCCUUUCCAAUCGAAUUGAAUUAACCAUUACUGGAACUGUUUAAAGAGCUCUUCAUUUUCAGGAUCACACUUGUGUGAUCCACUUUGAUUGUGAUCCAAUCUUGAUCAGAGUGGCCCAUAUAAACAGUAUGUAGGACUACUCAAUAUUGUAAUCUAAAUUGGUAAAAGAUUUAUUGUAUUUCAAUCGGCGGUUGGCUGAGAGAUAUUGUUCCUGCUUCUUGUGGAUCUUACUCGGCGAGCGUUGGGUUUUAAUUGGAGUGUGAUCGCUUGCUUGGCUUCUUAAAUAACCCUCACAUUAAGUUAAGUAAGUUGUGUGGUGCUGCACUGAGACUGCUGCAGGUUCCCAGCCCAAAUUUCCAAUUGAAUGAGGACCAAUAAAGAAGUAUUAUUAUAAUUAUUAUUAAAGUUAAAGAUCUGCUAUGUAAUCUAUACUGAAAAAAUUAUAAGCAUUUAAAUUAAAAUUCCAUUGUUUAUUUUCUCAAGCAUCUUAAAUAUUUCUUUAAAAUGGAUUUCAGCGCUAUAUCAAUAUAUAAUAUAUUUUUAUUUGUUUACUAAUUAAUGAAUAUUUAAAUAAAGCCAUAUUUAUAGUCUUUUUAUAGACCCAUAAAUUGGCUGUCAGCCAUUUAAGAUUUUUUUGUAAAACAUCUGGAAAAAAAAAUCAUUGAAAUUUGAUGAGCAUGAUUUUUUAAAUGAUCUAUUCAAAGGUUUGUUCAAUUUUUGGUGGAGUUUCCUCAGUAUUCUUGGUUGACAGUAUUCUAUAUAUUUAAAUUUUUCAAAUUUGAUAAUUGUUCAUAUUUACAAGAAAAAAUUGUAAUAUCAUAUAUUUCAGCAUUUUUCAUUUGCAAUUUUAUGAUUACUUGUAAUGGAGGUGUCCUCAAGUAUAAUUCCUCACCCAAUAAUGUUUAGUAUGUGAUUAGUAAUGCUUCUAAAAAUACAAUUGUUGAUUAUAUCCUCCUACAUUUUUUUUUAUCAAUCCCUAGCAACGGCCAAAAUUAUAAAGCUUUCCUUGCUCAACCACUUAAUUUACUAUUCACAUUUUUAUAUUUGUAUAUAUACCUCUCCAUUAGAUGUUAAUAUUUUGCUGUGUUUAAUAUUGCUUUAUUAUGUUAUGACAUUAUUACAUUAGUAUAAAUAAACAUUGAUUAUGUAUGUGUAAGUAUGUACACAUGCCACCUACAGAAUGUAUUGAUCACAUGACAUACUCCAUGGCAACUACAUAAACGAUUGAUGUUUUGAUCAUGUGACACAAAAUAGCAACUACAUUACUCUUAAGGUAUUGAUAAUGUGACACACCCCAUGGAAACUAUAUUGGCUCUUAAUGCAUCGAUCAUGUGACACGCACCAUGGCAACUAUAUUGACACUUAAUGCAUUUGUCAUGUGGCAUUCACCAUAGCAACUAGAUGCUGUGCAUUGAUCAUGUGACAUACACCAUGGCAACUAUUAUAAUAGAACUAUUAUAAUACACUCUUAAUGCAUUGGUCAUGGGACAAUCACCAUGGCAACUACAGUAUAUAGACUUGUAUUGCUUAAUCCGACACACUCCACUUUAGGCUGCUGUAUUCAAUAAUAAAUGCAAAAAACUUAUAGUAAUUUAUUUUUGAUCAAUAAGUGUAUACUCAAUCAUGAUUGUGGAGACCAUUAAUCAUACUAAGUGUCAUUACUGAGCGUUCUAAUUGGAACCACUCAAUUCAGUUUGAUGGAAUUAUUUAUGAAGGAAUUUCUGUAUGAUAUAAAAAUAAUUGUUGAAAAAAAAAUAAAGUGAAUUUUAAGACAUUGUAUUGUUAAAAAAUUUGGUUGUGAUAAUAACUAUAGAGUAUUAAUACAUUUUUAUUAUUUAAUAUUUUAUAUAUAAGUUUAUAUAUUUUAUUUAUAUAUUCAUCUGAUUGAAUGUCAGAUCAAGCAGUAGACACCAUAUAAAUAAGAAUAUUAUUUAAUUGACUUUAUAUCCAUUAAUUAAUUUAGCAAUAGUUGCACUAUGUUCAAGUAAAUAAAACAAAAGUGACUCCAAAUAGAGAACUUGCCGUCUGAAAACCAGCGUACUGUCGCUGUAAACUGAGUAAUUAGCAUAAGAAUGUGGCACUAUUUUAUACUUUAAUACAAAGAAGCUGUAAUGCUUUUACUCGUAACUAUGGCAAUAGUAAAAAUGUUGAUUCCAAUUGUCCUAUCAUUUUAUCUUAAAGAUUAUAAUGUCGAGGAUAUGAAUAAGUCACCUGUAAUGUUUUGGUAAUUGAUACUGGUGUUGGCCUGGCAAGCCCCAUAUAAAUUAAGGCCAUCUUGACAUCUAAUUAACACAUAAUUAAUUAAUUUAAUUACAAAUAUCCAGUUCACCUAUUAAAUUUUGCUUUCCAAAAAAAUAAGGCCAAAUGAUACGAAUGACUCAUUUGUUAUCUAAGGAUAGCAAUUUAGUAAUUUGGUUUUAUAGGGUUUGUUGAGACCAAUGCAUUGCAAUUAUGGCUAAACAUUCUGGGGUUAACGAUAAAACGAGGCCUAAACACGUACAGACAGCCAUUAUGCUACUACAAUGAGCUCAAGGCAGUAGUCAAGUUCAUGGUUACUGUGAACAAACAAAAGACCUAAUGCAGUUGGUGAUUUUUUUUUUUCAUUUCCCCAGGCACUCUUUUUUUUUUUUUUUGCUCUUUAUAGUUAUGAUGAUCAGGAAAUUUGCAAUUUAAACCAAAAGUUAUUAGAAUAAUGUCUUGGGAUUAUUUAUUGUAUUCUUAUUCCAGAUUUAUUUUGUGAAUUCAUAAGUGUAUAUCUAGAAGGUGUAAAUUUGACUGAUUGAUAGUGUGUUUGUCUGGAACUGGUUUCAAUUACAGGGACAAUAUUAAUAAUUUCCUUCCCACUUAAAAUUCCUACUUUUGUCCUGGUUGUCAAAAUCGUAAAUUUUGACAGAAACUAGUUUGACUAAACACUGUUUUAGGAUCAGUUUAGUCAACAAUUGCCAAAAUCUGUUUAUUCUUACCAGGUCUGUAGCCAGGUUCUUCCAAAGUGGGGGAUGGGGAUCUGGGAGUGGAGUCCAGGGGGAAGCCCAGGUGGAGCCAACAAAACCCCAGGUGAUUUUUCUGUUUUAAGGUUUUUAAAAGCAGUUAUGUUUGAGAAAGGUCUGCAGAAAACAUUCCAUAUGAGUCUGGGUGGGUCUGCAGUACAUUAGUUAGGUUAGAGGACUCAUUCUGGAAAUUCGAGGGGAGGGGGGAGUUCGCCAGAAAGAGUGGGUUUUGCAAGAAAAGGGAAUUUGCCCGAAUCAUAACAUAACCAUCCCCUCCCCAGGCUACGGGGAGGGGGUUUAAUUAUUCAUUUUGAAACAGUUGUUGGGCCCCCUCCCCUGGCUACGGGGAGGGCCUAUAAUUAUUAAUUUUGAAACAGUUGUUGAGAUAUCCACUUGCCAUGCUUCCUUCAACCUCCAUUUCUCCAUCCUUUCUCAUUCUUAUAAAUUUCCAACGUUUUCUUUUACUCUUAUUAGGCCUACAAGAUGAGUUGAUUCUAUUUAAAAUUACAUGAAGAAAAAAAAAUAUUUAAAUUGUAAUUGGUAGAUGAGAUAUCUAUUAUGCUUUUAGGCCUGGGAAGGAUUUCCUAGAGGUCAAAUUGGGUUAUUAAGGGUCAUUGAAUUGUGUCAGGAAUGUACCUCCCAGGAACUACCAGAAAGUGAUCUCCACUGGGCUGUAAUUGGUUGUCAUGGUAACAAUAAUGGCUAAUGCGGAGAGAAAUUGUUGAUCUCAGUAUUCUGAUCUAGUCAUCCUUUGAAAAGAUGAUCCUAAAUCAUGGAUAACAAACAAUUUAUAGUUUCUUCUGCUCAUUAGUGACACAAUUUGUCUACAAGCGAAGGCUGAAGUGUGUGUAUGUGUGUUCAUGCUUACUUCUAAUCUUGGAAAUACAGUUCAAGAAUUUUCUGGAUGGCGUGUGGCUUUACCAUGACAACGAGAAGCUAACAAUCUUAGAAGUCAACUUGAAAAUCUGUUAACAGGUAUGGGAAUUGGAUAAUAUAGAUCCAGUGGUUGUAAGGAAAAUGGAAGCAACAACAAGGCGUGUUCCCUCCUCCACUAACCUUCUAAAAUCAAGACCAAGUGGUAUUCUGGAGGUUCAUACCAUGACACCAUUGGAACAAGAAGAAGAAUUAAGAGAAGCAAUGAAGUUACCCCUUGCAUCAAUCAGCCGCCAGCGUCUCCGUGCAAUGCAAAUUAACUUUCGACGGUGUAGUUCUGUUGAUGAUUGUAUUUCAAGCAAAGAGCUAAUGAACGUGUUUAAUGAACACAAUCUAGGAAUUCCAAAUCGAACAUUUAAAAUGCUGACUACUAGAUUCAAUGAAGGAGUAGGAGUCAAUCAUGAACGUCUCUGGAAGUUUUUAGUAGAAGCUCAGUCCAAAACAGGUCGAGACAGUGUGCAGGCAAUGCACAAGACUCAUAAUCAUUCCUUGGGGCAGCGUUUCAAUGAGGAGUUAUCGUCAGCAGACAGAGCGGUUCUGGAAAAAGUACACAAAGCUUUGGUAGCUAGCAAAGAGUAUGACUUAAAUGAGUUGAGGACUUCGUGUGAAGACAAAGAUCCGAGUAGGAAUGGACAAAUUCCAAAGAAAAAGUUUAAACGCAUUGUUGAGGAACAACACCUUCCAUUGUCUGGUGCACUUUUGAACAAUUUAUUGAAGAGGUGUGAUGAAGAAAACAAUGGAAUGGUCAACUGGUUUGAGUUUAUGGUACUCUUAGAAAAAGCAGAGAAUUUAAGUAUCAGCCAUACAAAGUCAGCGACAGAGGAUGGAACAGCCCAGUCAAAUCAUGGAUGUAAGGCAAAUUCUACUGCAAAGAAAUCAACUAAUGCUCCGGUUACAACAAAUGCAGCAAGUAAAUCAAAUGUUAAACCUGGAACAGGAAAAGCAAAAGGUACCAAAGUUGAUGGUGUUGUAGUACGGAAAUCUGUUGUGGAGAAACAGAAAGUAGUGCUAAAGGCAAAAGGUAAACAAAUCAAUAACAACAUUACAAAGAAAUCAAGCACUGAAGAGAAAGAAAAAUCAUUGUCUGCAGAUCAGGGUGUGAAGGGUCGAAGCAGUGCUUUGUCAACUGAAUUAGGGAAAGAACUCAAUCGCAAGGUGACAUUUAGAACGGGAGAGAGUUCCCCUUCGUCAAGUUGUAACUCUAGUAGAAGGGGGUCACUUUCGUCAGUGGCUGGAGACUCUGACGUCUUCAAAGGAAAUGGCCAGGCGUCCCCCCGAAUUGGCAGUACAAAAUCGAGGCAGCAGUCUAGGCCUGGAAGUACUGUCCCUAGACCAGCUAGCACAGUUCCGGCCCAACCUAGGCCUGGAAGCAGCACUAGUGCUCAACCUAGGCCUGGAAGCAGCACUAACCCCCAACCUAGGCCAGUUAGUGCUAAUCAAGGUCAAGAUCUAAGCCCUCGUCCAGGGAGUCGAUCAGCUUCAAAUUCAUCAAGGAGGGGUUCAAUUACUAGUCAAGCAAGUCUCAUUGACCUGCUUGAAAUGGCUGGCCAAUCGCAAUCAAAGAUAAAAUUACCGAGCUUAAGUAGUUCGUUGCCGCAACUACCCCGAAGCUUGGGAGAGGACGAUAUAGUGAAGGAUAUGAACUAUAGCACUCUGUCACUGAAGAUACUAUCUGAGGUUGAAAUUAUCCAGAGAGCUAACACAUUACCAGGACUUACUCAACCACUUGAUCAGCUUUUGAAAUCAACUCCUGAACUUCCCCCUCUAGAGAUGAAUGCUCUUAUGCCAAUAUCAGAAAUGGGCUCAACGACAGAAAUCAAUAAGUCAGACUUGAUUGGAAAUAACAAAAUUAAUGAAUCUCUUGAUGAUGAGCAAAUAAUUGAAGAAGAUGAAAUUGUCACUCAUGGUGAUAAAACAUCAACAGAGAAUGAACAUGUUAAAGAGAGAAGCAAUUCAAUUGAAGAAUGUCUAGUGCAGACCAAGUCACUUGUCAGCAAAAAUUCUGUUGCUGUUGAUAAGAAUUCAGCGUCUGAAAAAGUUAAACCUGUAUUAAGAAAUAUACCAUCUAUCAAGACCAUUUCUAAGAAACCUGGAACAUUAGCGAACAAACAGCCGCCGAGUACGAACAGGCCUGGUAAAGGAAAGCCAACCAAGGAGGAUAAAGGUGGGAAAAAGGUCUCCCUCAAGAAACCACCACCCCUGGUUAAAAGAUCUAUCAAGCAAAAAGACCCAAAGCUUCCGCACAGUAUGUCCAUGCAGAACAUGACAUCCAUUUCUGAAGUUUCAGGAGUAACUGACAUGCAUCAUAGUAAAUCUAGUCCCAAUUUACUGCCACAUGCGGAAACUGAGGAAGAUAUAGAAGUUGCUGAAAGCUCCUUAAAUCAAAGUAUGUCAUCUCAGAAUUCUAUUGUGGCAGCACAAGGACAGCAAGACAAUGCUGAGAGCUCUCUGAAUCAAAGUAUGUCAUCUCAGAAUCCAACUGCAGCAGAAACCCAGGGAAAGAAAGUUGUGGCAAUGGAUGCCAGAUCAGGAACCAGUUCCAUUGGCUCUAUCAACUUAUCUUUGGAUAGUUCCUCUGUUUCCAGUCAAGAGCAACAAGGAAUGUCUCGUAUUGAGUCUUGUCACAGCUUGAUUUCCACUAGUAGUUGCAGCUCUACUGAUUCUCAAGCCCCUGAUAAGACCCCCUUGUUACAAGGGGCAUCUGGGAUAAUGGGGUCCAAAAACUGGGGAAAACCUGUCAGUCUAAUGAAUUCAUUUAAGGGCCUGUUUUCAGCAAGGCACAAGAGUUCAGACAAGUUAACAGGGUCAAGGGUGACUCUGAAAUUACCACAAGAACCAGUAAAGAUGGAAGUGGUUGUUAGGGAGCAGCCAAUGUCUCUUUACAUCCCAGAUAACUUCAUUGACAAGAAUUUUAAAUGUGAAGCACCUAAGGAAAACCUUGUACUUGAUUGGAUAUAUGGAUAUCGUGGUAAUGAUUGCAGAAAUAAUCUACAUUGUAAUGCCAGUGGUGAAAUUUUGUACUUCAUUUCAUGUGUGGCUGUAAUCUAUAACGAUAAACAACACAAGCAACGAUACUACAGAGAACACACCACUGAUAUCAGAAGUAUGGCUGUUCAUCCAGACCAGGUUACUAUAGCAACUGGACAGUCUGAUUUAGAUGGUACUAAAAAAGGAGUAAAGAUUUGUAUUCGAAUUUGGAACUGUACGACUUUAAAAACGGCUCAUGUUAUUGAAGACGAUGGGUUCCAGCAAGCUAUCAUAUGUCUCUCUUUCUCGCAGAACUUACUAGCAGCUGUUGAUAACUAUGAAACUCACACAAUGUCCUUAUGGGAUUGCAAAACCUUUAAGAAAGUAGCUGAAACUAAGUGCAAUACUGAUGUUGUUUGCCAGAUUGGUUUCCAUCCAAAGAUAACAACACGUAUUGUGUCUGUUGGAAAAGAUCAUCUGGUGUUCUGGGAUCUGAAGGGGACAUCUAUACAGGAGACCAUGCAAGCAGAUUAUGGAGAGCAUGCAAAACCUAAAUUCACCAUUUGCAUGUUGUUCAGAAGUAAUGGAGAUCUGGUAACUGGCGAUUCAAAUGGAAUGAUUUGUGUCUGGCUAAGUGGCCAAAAUACAAUUAGUCAGGUCAUACGAACAACCGAAUGUCCAGUUUUUGCUCUUAUACCAUACAAAAAUUCACUAGUAAGUGGCGGCCGAGAUGGAAGUCUCUGUGUUUGGGAAGUCAAGGAAACAAUCAGUAAUAAAACAAGCGAAUUAUUUAUUCCAACUUCUGCUGGUGGAGUACGAACUAUACUUAUUGUUGACCAGUUUAUUUAUGUUGGAACAACAUUGAAUUGCAUUCUGGGAUCCAAGUUGUCAGAAACAGAAUCAAUACUUUCAGGGGUCGCUAUUGAAAAGGAAUUAAUCACGCAGGGCCACUAUGAUGAAAUACAUGGCUUAAAGGUUUUCCCAGCCCAGACAGCACUGGCGCCAGUAGGAUCACAGACAUCACAGGGAGUUUUCCUUACUUGUGGGUAUGAUGGCAUGGUGUGUUGCUAUGAUACCAAUACCCAUCAUGCUCUUUGGAAGCAUUGGAUUAAGGAGUGUAACAUGCAGUGUAUGGACAUUCAUCCAAGUGGAAAAAUCCUGGUCACAGGUGCCAAAAGCUCAGAUAUUGGAAGCAGUUUAUGUUUCUUUAGCAUGACCGUAGAGGGCAGUUUGUUUGAGUUGAAUAGAAUGAAAAUAAGCAAGAGCAUGAUAACGACAGUCAAAUUCUCCCCUGAUGGACAGGUACUAGCAGCUGGUUGCCAUGAUGGCAGAAUUACUACAGUAAAGUUACUAGACGAUGGGAGGAGUGCAGAGGUCAUUGGGAAGUGCAAUAUUCACCAGAGUUCAAUUACAGGUCUUGAUUGGUCAAAAGUUAAAUGUUACCAUGGAAACUACAUUCUACAGAGUAGUUCAAGUACUCUUGAGUACUUCAACUUUACAUCUUCAUGUGAGUUGAUCAACAACUUAGCUGAAAGUCGUAAUGCAGAUUGGAUAACAAACAACUGUAUGACUGGCUUUUAUACAAAUGGAAUUUGGGGUGGUGAUACAGAUGUUACAGAGUUCAAUUAUGUUACUAGAUCACAUGAUCAGAAUUUGAUAGCUGCAGGUGAUGAGGAUGGCAAUGUUACAUUGUUUACAUAUCCAUGUUGUAAACAAGAGGCAAAGUUUAAGAAUUUCCGUGGUCAUACAUUUGGAGUGAAUUCUGUAGAAUUUGGAGAAACUGACAAAUACCUCAUCUCAAUUGGAAAUAGGGAUUGUGCAAUUAUUCAGUGGACCUUGAAAAAAUAAGAGAACACUUAAAUAUACAAAAUAUAUAUUAUAAUUUACCUGAAAACUAAAACAUAAGUAAUACUUAAUACUUUGAACAAAUUAUUCAUACCCGAGUGAAGAUUUAGCUUGGUAGUUAAGAGGUACUUUCCUUUCAGUCCCAAUGUCAAGGGUCCAGAUUCCAUGAAACCAUGAUUUUUCAUUUCAUGACUAAAAACAACAUCACUUCUUGGCAUGCAACAGACUGAGUCAUUGACUAACGCAACUCAAUGGAGAGAUGCAGGACUUUUCGUUUGUAUGAUGUUCCGCUCAAUCUGUCAUUACAUGGAUAAUCAACGGACGCAUCACGUCGCGAAUCGUUCGCAGAGAGUGGAGAUGGUCAGCCGAGGGUUGUAUGCUCAUGCUAUGGUACGGUGCAAUGUAGCGAAUAACUACUGCAACAACUACUGUAUGUAGGCCUACUACAGUAUGUUUAGCUGUCUGUUGAAUGAGAAUGACAUGAAAAAAAAUUAUACGAAUAUCAAAUUGACACUAAGUCCCCAUUUAAGUUUUAAAUUAUUUUUUGAAUACAGUUUCAUCAAAUUAGAUUUGCAGCUAAGUUGGAUGAUACUUAAAUAGUUGACAAAAGAUGUUUGGUUGCUCAAUGUUAUUUUAUCUGGCAAUGUAAGUGCAAAUAAUAUAUUCCAGGGGUGGAAAGUAAAAAAAAUGAAGAAAAACAAGAAAGAAAGAAAAACAGAUUAUUAAUGGGCCAAAAUGCAUCAUAGGUUAUUGCCCCGAAACCCUCUAAGAUAGUCGUAUCUCGAUCGCCCCCACCCUUAUUCAGACAUCUCUGGAUCAGCCCCUGUACUCAAUCCUAAUAUUAGAUAAUAUGAUAGAAUUUAAUAUAUUUGUCGAUCGAUGAAGAAAGUGUCUUGAAGCAAUAUAUAAACUUUUUUGUAUCUGUUUAUUAUCAGUGCUGAAGAAGUAUUUUAAACAGUUGUAUAUCAAACUUGGUAAUUGAAGAUCGCCAUUGGCCUUUAAAAAAAUGGUUUGUUUGCACUCCUCACCAGCCCCUAACCCACAAAAAAAUAGGGGUGGCAAAACAAAAAACUUUAAAAAAGUUUUUUUUUAGCUUUUGACUUUACAAAUUAAACAAAAAUGUGAAUGAAUUGAUCUUUAUUUUUUGCUAGAUGCCCUACUAAGUUGUCUAAAGUUGUUGAUUGAUGUAAGGUAUUGCCAUUCUAGGCCUACAUUCAUUGCAAAAUGUCAACUGUUGAUUUUUUUUAUUCCAUCUGAUGAGUAAUCUUGAAAAAAAAAAACUUUUUCCACCCACUCUUUUUUUAUAAUUUUAUAAAAAGAAGAGCAAACCAACAAUUUAUUUUUUAAGCCUUACCUAGUUUUGGUUUGUGGGAUUGGCAGUGUUUGGUGUGUAUGUAUCCUGCCUUAUUAUUGGGGCACUUCCUUAAAGUUUAAGUCGCUCUACUUAGGAAUUGAUCAUAAACUGGGCUGUAUGUAUAUGUAAAAAAACUGCACAGGAUAAUUGCAAAAUUCUUAAGUAAAAUGCAUUUCAGUCAGUUUUCAAGUUUGCGUAGUUAAAUUAAACAUUUUCGUAGUAUCUAUAAUUUGCCUUGAGUGCAACCAGAUUUAUGGGUCACUUUUGAGUUUUACAAUAAUCAGUAAUCUGACAAAUCUUAGUGGUCUAGGGUCCUUAGGGAUAAUGUAGUCAAAGGUCCUGAUGGCAAAAUAAUUUCCCUGGAUGUUAGGCAAACAAUGUGUAGACCUAUAUAUAUCGGGUCCUAUAACUAUGAUAAAUUUACCUAUAGUGUCUGUUUCGGUGUAAUACGUCCAUAAUGAGGCAAAAUUUCCGUAGCAACUUGAGAGCUCUGUAAUGCAUAUUAAAUUAUUAGUAGGCAUAUAUAUAUAUCUGUUAGCUUGCAUGAUGAAUUGUUAUGUAUGAAUAGAUAUGCAUGAUGAAUUGUUAUGUAUGAAUAGAUAUUAUAUUAUUGAAGGCAAUUAACAUUAAAUAUAUAACCAAUAAAAGUAUAUUUAUUAAUAAUUA